GUCAGCAGGGGGCAGCAGAGAGGAGAGGUGAGGAAGAGGGGAGGCCUCAGGGAGUCAGCUGGUGGGCGUGGCUUAACAUGUGAAAGCAGAGUGGGAGCCGCCAGGACGAGAGACACUUGCAGAGACAGAGAGACAGCAUGGUGUCAGGCUGGAGAGCAGAAGAGGGGGCCCAGAUCCACAGAGAGCAUGGACUCUGAGUCUCUGGACCGCUGCAUCCAGACGGCUCUGGCAGACCUCUACCCGCCCUUCCAGGCCACGUCCCCGACCGUCCUCUGUCAGGUCCUCAGCGUGGUGGAGAGCUGCUAUCGGGGGGACGGCCUCCGCUACCUGAUCCACUUCCUGCUUCCAGCUAAGCAGCUCCUACAAACCGUGCAGCAGGACGCCUGCCUGGCGUUUGGCGGGUUGUUGUUCCGUCAUGAAGGCUGGCCGCUCUGCAUCCAUGAGAAGAUAGUGGUUCAGCUCUGUCCUCUGGACCCCCACCUUCUCCAACCAGGAGACUUUUACCUGCUUGUAGCUCCUCCUGCUGCUUCGCCCAUUUCUCGAGCACGCGGCUCCGCCCCCUGCAGGAGAACUGCGACCCCGCCCCCCCGCCUGCUCCUGUGCAGUUGUCGGGUUGCAUGUCCUGAUGUGGAGCAGCAGGAGGUGACCGUCGCAGCUCUGAGGUCGCUCUUCACCAUGGCCUGGCUGGACUCUGUCAACAGGGACAGGGAGCAGCGAGGGGGGGCCCGGUUGGAGCGCUGCCUUCUGUCUGCGCACGGGGACGUCUUCAGGGUCCCCUGGGAGGAUUUGGUUUACCCACAAUUCAUCAGUCGGGGACGCAUCAACCCCAGGGCGGAUGAGAAGACGUCUGUGCAGAACGGAGAUACGAACUCCUGCAGUCAAGAUGUGGAGGUUCUCCCCUGCAGAACCAGCCAACCAGCUGCCAGCAGUGAGGGCGAGGACUCGGAGGGGGAGUACGUAGAGCUGUCCGAGCUCCCACUCCCACGCUUCUCCCCCCAGAAAGGAUCUUUAACUCAGUCCAUCAGCCUGCAGAACCGAGGCAGAAACAGCAGCCAGAUCUGUGCGCAGACGCGCACGGAUGCAGCAACGCGCACAUCCAGGUCCAGUUCUCAGGCGGAACCAGCAGAAGGUACCGCUUCACACAGGAACACUCUGAAUCUGCAUCCACAACCUGAAACCUGCAGCAAACAGGAAGAGGAGGGGAGGGGCCAGGAGGAACAGGGGCAGGUGGAGCUCCGGCGUGAAGCUGUUUGUGAAAAAGAAAGGAGGAAAGGGGAAGUGAAGGAGGAGCAGCAGCCAGAGAUCAGACCAGGGUUGGAGGAGAAUAGUGAUGAGAAGGUGAAAGGUGAAGGUGAAAAAUUAUCAGUGAAAGCAGAGGAGGCGGAGCUUAAGGUGGAGAUUCAGGAAGAAACUGAGGAGGAGAAGCAAGUGACCACAGAAAGAAGGAACAAAGGAGGAGAUGAGGAGGAAAUGACAGAACAGAGAGAAACGUUUCAGGACUCUUACUUUGAAAGGAUUACUGGGGAGAGUAAACAGGAAAGCUCCUAUCUUGAAAAUGUUCAACAAAAAGAAUUUUAUUCAGAUGAUGUUCAGAAACAGAAACACACAGAAACUGCUGUUAAUGAAAAAAAAGCAGAACAAAGCUGCACAGAGGGGCUUUAUUUUGAAAACAACAGUCUACCAGUACAUCCUGAGAGCUCUUAUUCUGAAGGUACAGUAGAGACAGUCCCUAAAAACUCUUAUUCUGAAAGUGCAGCAGAGACAGCCCAUAAGAACUCUUAUUCUGAAGGUACAGUAGAGACAGCCCAUAAGAACUCUUAUUCUGAAGGUACAGUAGAGACAUCCCGUAAGAACUCUUAUUCUGAAGGUACAGUAGAGACAGUCCCUAAAAACUCUUAUUCUGAAAGUGCAGCAGAGACAGCCCCUAAGAGCUCUUAUUCUGAAGGUACAGUAGAGACAGUCCCUAAAAACUCUUAUUCUGAAGGUACAGUAGAGACAGCCCCUAAGAACUCUUAUUCUGAAGGUACAGUAGAGACAGUCCCUAAAAACUCUUAUUCUGAAGCUACAGUAGAGACAGCCCCUAAGAACUCUUAUUUUGAAAGUAUUAAGCAAAUAAAUUCUAAAGAAUCUUACUUUGAAGUUGCUGUUCAAACACACCACUCCCAGGACUCUUAUUUUGAAAAUCCCCUGCAAAAAUAUACUGAAAAUGGAACGCCACCGACUGAAGACUUUUACUCUGAAAAGGUAUUACCAGUCCAAGCACAGAAGCCUUAUUUUGAAAAUAAAACACUACCUGAUGAUUCUGUGUCUAAAAUCACAUCACAAGCACACUGUCAGGACUCUUAUUCUGAAAAAACGGUACCAACACAGCCGAAGGACUUAAAUCUAGAAAAUACCCAACAGCAGACGCAGCCUGAAUACUUGACACCUGGUAACACAAUACAAGCUCAACCUGAGGACUCUUAUUCUGAAGGUGCACUGCAAACACAGCCUGGAGGCUCUUACUUUGAAAGCACAAGUCAGACAUCCUUUAAGGAAUAUUCUGACAGGACGGUGCAAACUUCAUCGAAAGACUCUUAUUUUGAAAAUACUUCUAAGCAAACAUGGACAGACAACUGCCAACAUGGAAGUUCAGCAGAAUCACACUCCGGGAACUCUUAUUCUGAAGGUGGUCCUCAAGCCAAGGACCAUUAUUUUGAAGGCAGGGGCCUCACCAGACCUGCUUUGGAGUCCAUCUCUCCUCUUGGUUCUGAACCGCAGCAGAGUCCACUCGCACCUGGAGCCGGUCCGGGUCAAAUGCAGCCUGUGGGGUCUUAUUCUGAAAGUGGACAGCGAGGGGGGGGUGAGGCCGCUGGAGACGGAUCUGCAGAGCGUCGGCCUGAAGACGUCUCUGGUGAACCUCCUGCUGAUCAGAGUCCAACAGAACCAGAACAUUCAGCAGCUGCUCCCCUGGGCCCAGCUCUGAACUCCCAGUCCAGGUUCCAUGAUGUCCUGCUGAGGUCCGGUGCCGUCUGUCUGCCCGGAUGCAGAGACCGAGGGGGGCGGGCCCUGCUCACCGUUUACCCCGCCCACUCGGUGUGGGCCCAUCCUGAAUGUGACGGCGCCGCGCUGCUCCGCCUCCUGCUCUUCUACACCUCCACCCUGCGGAAGGAAACGCUGGCGUUGGGCCUGACGGUGCUGGUGGACAGCUGCAGAGCCCCCCCUGCACCAGUCCUACUCUCUGCCCUCAGAUCCCUGCAGGAAGACCGUCCUGGCUCCAUCCAUGCUGUUCUGGUCCUGGCUAGAAAGGACUCUGUCCUUCGCUUGGACAAACCUGCAGCCUCACAGGUGGAGGUGCUGAGCUCUUGGAAGUGUCUGCAGAAACACGUGGAGCUGCAGCAGCUUCCUUCAGACUUGGGAGGAUCCUUCCCCUUCAGUCAGAGCAGCUGGAUCGCCUUCAGAACCAGGAUCAAGCUGUUGACCAAUCAGUGCAACGCCGUGGUUGACCUCCUGCAGGAAGCCAUCAGCAUCCUUCAAGACACACCCCUACCUGCUGUUGCCAUGGACGCCCGACUGCUGCUGUCCAGGGACGAGGCGCUGAUGCGCAGCAUCCUGCAGGACGCCCGGCUGGUGCAGCUGCAGCAGGAGGGCGGGGCCUCUCUGUCCUGGCUGCGGCGGGAGGAGGCCGGCGGCGCGUCGGACCAGCAGCGGGAGGCGGUGAGGGCGGUGUCGGCUCUGUACGAUCAGGUGGACGAGCUGCUGCACCACCUGGUGACUCUGUCCAACUCCAGAACCCAGGAGGUCCACUUCAUUCUGGACUUCUGGAGCCUGGAGGACGGCUUCAGCCAGGUGAGGGCGUGGCUAGAGGAGGUGGGGGAGGUCCACCUGAAGACUCUGGAGGAACCAGCAGAUUCUCUGGAGCUGCUGAACAAAAAACAGCAGGACUUCAAGGAGUUCUACGCCACCGCAUACGACCAGUGUAAGCGAGGGGAGGAGCUUCUGGGCCGCCUGGAGCGCUGGAACGACAUGUCCUCGUCCAACCUUCACGUGUACGAGCUGAAGGUCCACUCCUUCUGGGCUCAGCUCCAGGACUUCUCCCAGCGGGUCAAGAGCAGCGGGCAGAACAUCGAGCGGGCCGUGCAGCUGUACUGCUUCCUGGACCGGGCGUACGGCUGGGCGUUGGAGGGCAUGCGGCAGCUGGCGGCGAUCAGCAUGGAGGACUGCACGCAGCCGGAAAAGUGCCGGGCUGUGAUUGGCCGCCUGGAGGAGUACCGGCAGAAGCACCCGCCCAUCCCGGACGGCCGCUUCCAGGAGAUGAAGGCGGAGGCGGGCGAGCUGCGGGGGGAGCGCGGCCUCUGCCAGUGGAGCUUCGCCUGGUCCAAGUGCCAGGAGACCCGCAGGACAUUCGACUGGAAGAUGGAGGCGGCCCUGAGGACCCGGGACUCCGCCCACAGGCGCCGCUCUGACUCGACCGUGAGCUUAAGCUCCACCUCCUCUAGAAAGACUCUGUCAGGGCUCUGGGGGGGGCGUAAGAACAGCGCUUGCUCCCCAGAGGAGGAGGCGAGCUCCUCCCCACCUGCCACCCCCCAGCACACGCCGCUCCUGCAGCGUCUGUUCCGCAGCUCCUCCUCCGAGGAGUCGGCAGAUCCGGGGGACGUCUCCACGCCGCGCCUUUCCCGCCUCAACUCCUCCCCCAGCUUCAGCCCCCCAUGCUCCUCCCCGUCCUUCCUCUCCUUCAGCAGGAGGCAGCAGCUCAGGAAGACCCAAAGCUUCGACUGCCCCCCCACCCCUGAGGGGCUGCACCGCGGCGCCUCCCCCCGCGCCCUCAGCGAGCCGGCACACCGAGGAAACACAGGGGUGUUCAUCCGGGGGCUGGAGGUCAGCAGCACCGAGGCGGCUGACCGCGCGCUCUGCUCCAGGACAGGGGCCCAGAGCUGGACCGGACCCUCCCCGGAGACCCCGGGGACGUCCGCGGCCGAGCCCCGCCCCCGAGGAAGGAAGCUGCGGCACAUCGUGGAGGAGAUGGUGACCACAGAGCGCGAGUACGUGCGCUCGCUGCACUACAUCAUCCACCACUACUUCCCCGAGAUGGAGCGCGCCGACCUGCCGCAGGACCUGCGCGGGAAGCGCUCCAUCGUCUUUGGGAACCUGGAGAAGCUGCUGGACUUCCACAGCCAGUUCUUCCUGAAGGAGCUGGAGGCGUGCUGGAGACACCCACUCCGGGUGCCGCACUGCUUCCUGAGACAUCAGGAGCAGUUCGGCCUCUACGCGCUCUACAGCAAGAACAAACCCAAGUCCGACGCUCUGCUGGCCAGCCACGGACACGCCUUCUUCAGGAGGAAGCAGCUGGAGCUCGGGGAUAAGAUGGACCUGUCCUCCUACCUGCUGAAGCCUGUCCAGAGGAUGAGUAAGUACGCGCUGCUGCUCGCCGACCUCAUGAAGGAGGUGGGCGUGGCGCAGGAGGCGGAGCUUGCUGCGCUGCAGGCUGCCACCAACAUGGUGAAGUUCCAGCUCCGCCAUGGCAACGACCUGCUGGCGAUGGACGCCAUCCGGGACUGUGACGUGAACCUGAAGGAGCAGGGUCAGCUGAUCCGUCAGGACGAGUUCACUGUCUGGAGUGGCCGGAGGAAAUGCCAGCGCCACAUCUUCCUCUUCCAGGAGCUCGUCCUCUUCAGCAAACUCAGGAAGGUGGAGGGGGGGCUGGAUGUCUUCAUCUACAAGCAGUCCUACAAGACCGCAGAUAUCGGUCUGACCGAAUCGACGGGGGACAGUGGUCUGAGGUUCGAGAUCUGGUUCAGGAGGAGGACGUCCAAGAACCAGACCUUCAUCUUUCAGGCGGCCUCAGCGGAGGUUAAACGGGCGUGGACGGGCGACAUCGCCCGCAUCCUGUGGACCCAAGCAGCCCGGAACAAAGAGAUGCGACUGAAGGAGAUGGUGUCCAUGGGGGUGGGGAGUAAACCCUUCCUGGACAUCCAGCCGAGCGACGCCGCCAUCAGCAACCGCGCCGUUCACUACAUCAUGAAGACCAGAGGAGCCAGAACGCGGGCGUCCAUCGCCGUCUCCACCUUUGACCACUCCCACCCAUUUCAGAGGGGGGCCGUGACCCCAGAGGGCCCGGUGUCAGGAGCGUCUUCUUCCAGUCUGUUGGGGCCACUGAAUCUGCACAUGUAUGGACAUGACACGCACCUGCACAGUGAAUCCCUCCCGGCUCCCGACUCCUCUUUCAGCUCCUGCAUCGAGGAGGACGAGCAGGAGCAUGAAACGAGCAGCCAGCCCUCCAUGACCACAGAGAGCUCCAGUUCGUCGUCCCGCUGUCUGUCUGGCUCCACGGGCUCUGACAGCGGCUGCGUCUCCUCACACCUGCAGGAGGCGCUCUCUGCUGAGACCAACCCCAUCCAGCCCCUCCCCUCCUCCUCCAACAAGCCACACCUCCACUACCUUACACCUGAUGCUGCUGUGGUCGGCCCGGCGACCAUCCUCUGACCUUCACUGCUGUGAGUGACGGCGUUUGUGUUCAGACUCGCCGCCCGUUUGUGCGUCUGCAGGUUCUUCUGGAGUUUGAUUUUCUCGCUGUAAAUAUGUUGCUGGUUUCCUCUCAGCCGAUUCGGGUUUCGGAUCAUCCGGACCGACCAAUCGCAGCAGAGCUUCACUUUUCUAUUAAACACGUUUGUUCACGA